GGGGGGGGGUUUGUUGAAAAGAAAAGAACAUGAUUCAUGGAAUAUCCAUUCAAUGUUAUCCCACGUGGGGGGACUAUAACGUCUCGGAGAUUCUCCGCAUCGUCUAACCGAAUGAUGGAACAUUUUGUGGGCUAUAAAGAUGAUGGCUCCGAUUGCAAAUUGGUACAUGAGUGUGUGGUUUGGUUUAUGUAAAGGGCAGUUUUUCGUUCUUGAGGGUUCGGUUCCGAUUAGUUUUGUAUGUAAGGUUAUAGAUUGCAUGCGUAGGCC